AGGCUGAUGAGACUAUUAUGGAAGAGGACAGUUAUGUGUCGAUGAAUAAUGAAGCCGUUAUCCUGCCAUGUGGUCCACGCAAAUCGCUACUGGACUUGAAGCCAGUUGCCUGUACAGGAUCUCGUCGACGCAAAGGGCAACCGGUGAAGCGCAAGAUAAUUGAGUGCGAUGAAGAGUCAUGCAAUUCAAACACGAUCAUCAGCGAGUUCGAAGUCGUUGCGAACGAUGUUGACCGGCAUCCGAUGCGAACGGCAGGUGUGAGCGAGAAGGUGACCCCGGCUGACAGCACGACGUUCUCGAGCAGUACACCGUCGCCGUCUGAGGACCGGCGAUUCCACAUCGAGCCGUCGACGUUCGCUGUUGAUCCGAGCACGAUCGUGAUCGACUCGAGCAAUCACGUAGUCAGUUCGAAUAACUCGGACAGUGAGAAGUCACCGCAAAACUAUACAAAGCGACCUACUCAUCAGAUAACGUCAGAGGAAUGUCCGCCUGAUCCGAUUCCGAACUUGGGCUCGGCGCAGAAGGCGGCAGUUGGAAUUGCUGAAGAGAACGCAAACAAGCCCAUGGAUCAGAUGGAGAUGAUUAGGCGACUCGCCAUGCUUGUCGGAUCCACUACCGGUAGCAAUCAAGCUACUGCACUGCAGUUAUUGCUCUCCUCAGGAAAUCCAGCGUUAACUCUUGCAACUACCCAACUGCUGAGUGAACAAGCGCGAUUGGCUGCACUGGCUUCGCUUCCAUCUUGCAUAGCAGAUGGCUCUCAAAAUGACCCCCAGGCUGUGUUUUCAUCGAUGCUGAACAGCUCAAUUCGCACCGAAUCUCCUGCGGUAGCAGAGGCGGCAAAAGCGGAUAUCCCAAAUGUCGCAACAAUGGCAAUCACAUCCUCGAGCGAAAAAUCGGCCACUGAUGCCCAUUCUCUGUUGUCCUUCAUUUCGAAGCUUCUAGCAGAUUCUACGAACAACGAAGCGAGAAAUGGAGCAAGCCGGGCAAAACCCUCUUCGUCGUCUGGCACACCCUCCUUGCCCAGUGCAUCAGUGACAGUUCCAAACACUCCCGAGUUUCUAACAAGCCCAUCAGAUUCUUCCACUGCUGUGCUGCUCCAACCGGAAUGCGCUAGCGAUUCAACGCCUGAAAACCAUGGCAAUAAGGAUCAAGUAGCGUCGCUAUCCACAGGACGACCCGUAAAGAAACCGAAUAAGGUUAAUUCGGCGCUUCUGAACUCGCUGUCAGUUACGUCGCGACCUGUCAAUCAGUGGAGUACAUCGGAUAUGGAUGCUGUCCUAAACUCACCGCUUUUUCGCACGCUUCCGCGAAUGUCAUUUAGGCCUCCAACCAAGCGAAAGCUUUUUGACGAUUUUUCGGCUUCUACCUCAAGUUUGCACGAUUCGCGCCCGGAAAUAGACGAUUUGGAAAGUUUCGCGCAGCAUUUCAAAAGGCAACGCAUCAAACUUGGCUACACCCAAGGUGAUGUAGGACUCGCUCUUGGCAGAAAGUAUGGCACGGAUUUUUCGCAAACAACAAUCUCCCGAUUUGAGGCUAUGAAUCUCUCCUUUAAAAACAUGUGUAAGCUUCGCCCAUUACUGAAGGAAUGGUUGGAAGGUCAAGAGGCAGCCGUGGCUAAUGGUGUUAAUGUGGAAGAACUGCGGACCAUCGAAAUCUCGAAGGAGAAAGUGGAGGAAUGUGUAGAAGAAGUGCCGAUUCAUGUAGCAAACACGGAACCUAUAAUGAAGAGACGCAGGAAACGGACGAAUCUUGAUCUGUCGCAGCGAAAAUCACUGGAUACUUUUUUUCUGGCAAAUCCACGUCCCGGUCAUGAAGAGAUGGUGCGAAUAGCCAAUGCUUUGGAUCUGGAGAGAGACGUAGUUCGAGUAUGGUUCUGCAAUCGCCGUCAAAAGCUGCGUCGUUCGGAAGAUCUCUUCCCAUCCAUAGAUUCCAAAAGAGUUAAAGCGAAAAAACCGUUUCCCCUGAAUCUCAGUAAGGAUGAAGGCGACGAUGUGGUGGUUCUGCCAGAAGCCACAGAAAUUGCCACAAAUUCUUCAUGAAUUCUGGACUCAGCCCCGUUUGCACAAACCUCCGCCUUUAGCAGAGGUCCACCCUAGGCAGACUUGUGAUCUGUUUUCUCGGUGUUAUAAUUGAUCUGCUCACAAAAUGUUGUUACCGGUAGGUCCACGCCCGGUGUGUGUAAUUGUUUUUUUUCACUAGCUUUGCUAAACAUAAUAGCAGUUGUACAUGGAGAUAUCUGCCAAAUCAUAGUAUUAGCAUGUUUCUUUCCUUUCUUUCUUUGAGGGUUUUGUUGAAAUUUGCAUUUAUCAGAUAAUCUGAAUUUGUUAUUGAGCAUCGUUUCUUCAUCCAUCUUUCAUCAUCAAAUUCGCAUCCAAGUGCCUAUGCAUUUCAAUCGUGAAUCGAUUCGCUUCGAACUACUCAGGUGGUCCUUGUUCCGCAUUUUUUUUGUUUCUCAUACACACGUAGUUCUCGUUGAUUCUGCCGAUAGUUUAGAAUCGCAUUAUUCUUGGCCAGGUCUUUUGUAUUUACAAAGGCUACAGCCGUUCUCUGCUAAAAUCUAGCAUUUAUAACCCUUUUUUACUCAUCUUUCUCUUCGCCUUUACGCCAGGUCUGCUCAGCAGUCAUUGCAUUAUUCAACUUGUAAGCAUUUUCCUGGUGACCGAACGGUUCUGCAUUUCUGAUUGAAAUUUUGCAUUUGUGUUUUAGAUUAAUAUAUGAAUAUCAUACAAAUUAUGUCUGUUCUGCUCUU